AUGGCCUUGUGCUGUGUCCUAGCUAUCUUCUUCCUCCUCUAUUUCAACCGAGUCUUUGCGUCGAUCAUAACCUAUGCUCUCCGAGCUUAUACAUGGCACCACUACCGAGUCUACAUAGAUGUGAAUGCCAUACAGAUAUCACUCCUCGGUGGCAGAGUCUUCUUUACAGGGUUGCGAUAUCACGGCGAGAACGAAACGUUUAUGGUCCAGCAUGGCUACAUAACAUGGCGAUAUUGGCUUCGGCGAGUUCGGGAUGCAGACAUCAUCGAUGAUCGACGAUCUAAAAAACCCUCCACAGACGCUACGCCGACUAGCAACAUAAAGAACUCGGAUCUUCCAUGCCGCAUUCAGGUGGAUCUCAUUGGUUUGGAAUGGUUCGUGUACAACCGUAGCCCAGCAUAUGAUGGUAUAUUGGCGGGACUUACUGAGACUGUUGAGCCGGAGUUGCGCUCGAGUGGAGUAUCAGAAAAGGAAGAGGCAAAUGUACGGUCCCGAGGGCACAAAAAAGAGAAGGAUUCCUCGACCGGCGACGAGAAAGGGGCAGAGGCGAAGCAGGAGUUCAGUGAGCGAGCAAAACACAUGUUCCGGCGCACGACAACAGGCUUUGGAAGCGGUGGAGAUGAUGAGAAUACCAAAACCGAUAAACCCGAGCUACCCUUCAUGCUUCGACUACUUCCUGUACACAUCCGAUGCCAAAAAGCUGCCGCGGUUAUAGGCAAUGAGAACACGAAGGCUAUCCUGGUUGCUAAAGCCGACUCCCUAGACGUGGAAGUGGACGCUUCGGAAACUAGCACACCCGAUCCAUAUCGACAAACUUUCAAGGUUCAGUUCCAACACCCGGUUAUUGAGAUGAAGGAGAACGAGGAUUUCAAGGAGGAUCAGGUUACUCGGGCGACAAGGGAUCGCGACAACACUCAGAGUCAGGAGGUAGCAUCUAAGCGAUCGCUAUUUCGUCACCAUCGUCGGAAAGCUGUUAAUUCGUUGCGGAACUUGGUUCCUUACUGGCGACGUUCCGUUGAAUCCUUCUCGACGGAUUCACGGACUGCCAUGAAUACCGCCACGUCGCAAGUUCCUGGGGCGAAUCAAUGGCAGGGUUUGACUCGAUAUUUGGAUGAUCGUGAUAGAGACGAUAGAGCUCGUUGGGCAUCUGUCGAAUACGCUGCCGUGCCAACCAUUCUUGACAGCCCCGAAGCUGUACUCACAGUAUUCUGGGAUGCGGUAGGAAAGGUUCCAGAUCAAAGUCGUUAUGGGGGCACAAAGGCAUUUCCAUUCAGUAUUAAUGGAGACGAACCUCCUGCAUGGGGUAUGUCAUUUUCCAUUAAAGGAGGCACGAUGAAUUAUGGCCCUUGGGCAGAUCGCCAAAGGGCGGAUCUGCAGCGAUUCUUCUUCCCUUCGCUCUGCAAGGAUGCUACACCAGCCAAGCCAUUAAAGCCAGGAGACUGGAGAGUUGCCACGACGUUCCAGCUUUAUAUCGAGAUGGACGAUGCAGUCACGUUGAGAGUGCCCGUCAGGGAAGAGUCCAAGAACUGGCGUUGGCGUGGCAAAGAGCCUCCGAUGCGGCACGCGAAACCUCCCACCAAACGAAAGCAAAGAAACAGAGCCAAGAAAAACAAUAAAGGAGACGCUACCCAAGAACGGCCAGGGGGGUGGCUGGAAGUGAAGCUUCCGGCUAACUCUUCAGUCAAGUUCAACAUGGACAUGUUGGCUAGCUCUACGGGCUAUACAUCCAAACUUGAUGUUGAUUUGCCAGGUUCUGAGCUUUGGAGUAGCGUGAACCACGAUCUCUUGUGGCGAUCUGGUGCUCAGAGGAUAUCGUGUGACAUGUCGAACCCACUAUCAUGGAACUCGCUCAGGAACUGGUACUUCAACAUUACCAGCUCGAAGAUGGAGCUUUUCAUGCUGAGAGAUCACAUCUUCCUCAUCACAGAUUUGGUUGACGACUGGACUACUGGACCACCUGCCGACUAUCUGGUUUUUGUGCCCUUCAAGUAUCAUCUCAACCUUAACCUGAAAUCUUUACAGGUUUAUCUUAACGUUAACGAAGCCAACAUUAUUGAUAAAGCGACGGUCAUCGAAGACAACACUUAUCUCAUUCUUUCCAGCUCUUGCUUAACCGCCGAGUCAUGCAUCCCUGCCGACACCUUUCGACCGAGCAAGAAUGCCAUCCCUUUUGAUGUUCGUGCUGACCAGUUGGAUAUGGCGCUUCAAGUCCCUCUGUGGAAUACACAGGCUGCAUUCCUCUCUUCCAAGCAAUUGGGCCACAUCGAAGGUCUUGUGAUAGAUGGAAGCUACAAUUACAAUGCCACAACAUCGACAGCGAAUACGGAUACUCUGAUCCUCAAUGUUCGUGGUCAAUCGCCUUACAUAUAUCUAUACGGGUUCCUCGUCCGAUAUGUUAUUCUACUCAAAGACAACUACUUCGGAGAGUUCGUACAUUUCAGGACGCUGGAUGAAUACCAAAAUCAGCUGCAGUUGAAGAAGAAGAAUCCAGAUGCGGAUGUGGUGACACAGCCUCCUCCUAAGAAAUCUAACGAUAUGGAUGUUAUUCUUGGGGUGCGGAUUGAAGAUCUUAAAAUGAUGCUCCCAACGAAUCUUUACUCGGCCGAGCGCUAUGUUGAGGGCGAGCUGGCCAGUAUCUCUGUUGACUUACGAUUUACCAACUAUUUCAUGGAAGUUGAGGUGGAGGUCAGCCCCGUGAGUUUGUCACUAGGAUGCAGUGAGGGUGCUAUGGAUUCACCUGGCAUGUCUUCGUCGAACACCCAGCUCUUCAUUGACGGUCUACGGAUAUUCGGCCACAAACUCUUUGGACUUCCACCCUCUGAGCCGGCCUAUGUCUGUAACUGGGAUGUCGCUGUAGGUAGUAUCGCGGGAGAGUGCACAUCCGAAUUUCUCGUCGCGGUUGCAAAGGGUGGCAAAGCCCUGGCCUUUUGUUUUGAUGACGUUGAGAAUGCACUUGUGCCAUACUCAUCGCUCGUCUUCUACGACGUCACAUUUGCUCGAGUUGCUGUGGAAUCCAUUCAAGUUUGGCUACAUGUCGACGAAGCUGCUUUCCUUGUGUCAACGGAUGCUAUCGAUGUAUCCUUCAAUGAUUGGGCGAGAUCUCAUUAUUCAAAACGUGCGGACAUUGUUGUACCGAACAUCCAAGUUUCAUGCGUCAAUGCAGAGUCAGCAGGAAGACAAAAGUCCAGAUAUCAACACCCUAUGGAAACAGAUGCCCAUUUUCAAACAACCAUUCGCCUCGCUGUUAUUGGACGCAAGUUCAAAUUCAGUGAAGAGAGAAGGAUCCAGCAGGAACUGGUUCAGAGGGAAGAUCAGCGUACACACCGAGCCAACUUCCUCAUCUUGCCGCAAUAUGUGGAUGAGCUUGUGCCUGAGCUGGUGGACCCUCCAGCUCAAUGCGCACCUCAGCCGCCUCAACCAGCCCUAGGAUUGACCGACGAGAUGGACAAUGUUUCGCGCAGGACGAUAGCCUCACGUCAGUCGCGUGGCUUGAGUCGCAAAUCCUCAUUCCUUUCCCUUGCCGAAUCUAGCAGUGGCAGCGUUGUGCUUGGACAGAGUCAACACAGGGCUCGAUCUAGAUCCAAACAGCAGGACUUCCUAGGAGUUAGGUCCUCUCUAGCAGAUAAGCGUCAAUCUUUACGAUCAAAAGGUUCAUUUGGAUCUCAUCGCUCAUUCAACGACUAUGCUACUAAGGACGGCGUUGCUCAUUCUUCGGUGGCAUUUUCCAGUCAAUAUGUUUCGCCUCAGUUUCCACUUCAUGGGUUGCGGCCAAAUACUCAUGAAGUACCUUUCCCGAGUAUUGAAGAAGGUGAGGAAGAUGACGGAUUCGACACGAUUAGCAUAGGACUGGAUGAUAUCGACCCUAAUGGUUUGGGCGAGGAUUAUCCUUAUAUGAGCGCUAUAGUCGAGUUUCCAUCUGGCAUGUCUGCUUUCGUUAACCCGUCGGCAUUGCGUUACGCUGCCUCUUUACUUGACGCUUUGCAACCGAACGAACCAGAAGACUUGUUAGACGUCUUUCAGGUUGAUGCCAUGACCCAAAUCUUCGAUCUUCAAAAAGAACGAGAAACAAAAGGUCAAAUCAAAGACUUUAUGGUUCGGAUACCAAAUGCUUCAUUUCGACUUCUCAACUCAACUGGCGAAGAUCCUUCUGGGUAUGCUCAGGAGGAGCAGGAUCAAUACGAUCUCACUAUUUCGAAGGUGUCCCUGAUGACGCGGACUACCACCAACUGGGAUGACCCCUUUCGAGAGGAGACACGGCAUUCACGCACAUCGCUUCAGCUGCGCCUAGGCUCAGCAGAAGUUUCUGCAUCCGAACGCAAACCGUCUUUCCAAGAACCCCAGCCUGCUGUGAUGGCACAGAUCGAGGAUGUGACUGUAUCCAUAGGCGAGAAAGAUGUUAGGUUCAUCGAUGCAGAUAUUGGGUCUGUUGUUGGAAGUACUGCUUCAGGCAAGAUAGAGUAUCUUGCUUCUCUCAUCCAUCGCACUGGCCUCGUUGCGUCCGAGCUUGGACAUGUUUUCUCGGAAACGCUAGCGAAGCAUGACAAUCGUCACAAGUAUUUUACAUACCUCCUUCUUGAACAGGGCGAGCCAAUCAACGACCCAUCCUUUCUGGUCCGGCCUUCUGCUGUGCUUCGAUCCGCAGACGACCAUCUCCGAACAUCUGAUUCUUGGAAAUUGGCCAUGCGACUUCGUCAGAUUUGGACCGCCAUGGAGCCACAAUCGAAGUCUCAAAUCAUUCAGCGGUGCUUCAAUGCUACUCCUGACAUCCCAGCGGAUGCUACAAACUAUGUAGUGGCCGCAUUAGAGAAGUGGCGCGGCUGGGACAUGGAGGAUUUGACAAGUGCAUUCCUCUUGACCAACGUCUUUGGGCAACUCCAGAACACAAACGUAGCCUCUGAUCAGCUCCCUCUUCUUGGUGCUUGCAGACUUGCGGAGCUACAGCUUGUUCUUGACCCCGGACCAAAACAGAACAAAAUCGGCUUUAUCGAUCUUGCUGCGAGAAUUGACCAGCAAAUGCAUGAGGUCGAAUCCGUAGGCGAGGCACCUGGUGCCCCUUUUACAACUUUGAACAUUUCAUGUGCAGAGGCUGGAGUCAACCUAAACUGGGAAUUAUGUGAGCUCGCUGAAGAAGUUUUACAACUUUACAGUAAAAACCAGAGCCAAACCCAACCGUCGGCAGUUAUCCCAAAACCCCAACGCCCGGCAAAUUCCAAUCCCUCUUCUUGGCCUCCUAUUCAUAUGGUAAUGGAGUUGACGAAAGGAGCAAUUGAACUCGAGACUAUCAAUCUCAAGGCAAGGACGUUAAGUCACGGAUUAAAACUGUCUUUACUUCACCAGUCUAGCCUAGAUGCCUCGAGUGCUAUGAGCCUCAUGCUUAAUUGCAACGCUAUCACUUCGGCGAUUCACAGCAACUCCCAUUCCCUUAGCAUGAUGCAGUUGAAAUACCCAAGCAUAUUCAUAUCUCAUGAGCUACAAAAGACCGAAACCACAUCAAACCACGUAAUCAAAGCCAGCGCGGGCAGUCGAAACCUGACUUUUGCGGUAAAGGAAGAUCUUAUUGGGCUUAUGGAAGUAUUCGAUCGCCUCCUCAGCGAUGAGAUCCAGACGGUCUACGGCUUGAAAACUCAGCUUGCCAGUUUGUCGAAGCCCAAGCCUGACGACCAACAAAGGAAGAUUUCGGAUCGCCUCUCAAGCGUGAAAUUCAAUCUUGCCAUGUUCUUGGAUGAAUACAGCAUCACUAUACCUUGCCUCCAGUCUCUUACAUAUAAAAUCACCGGAACUGUGGCUCGAGCAGCGGCUGCUGCUAAUUUCGGAAAAGAAAUCAUCUUCGACUUCGAUGUCAAGGAGAACUAUCACGAAAUGCAGAUCAACGUGAGGAACAAGCCUCGAAGCAUUUCUCUCUUCCAAAUCCCCCCAACCAAUGGUCGCAUUACAAGUCACAUGGGUCAGACAGAGCAUCAAAUCAACGUUCUCUCUUCUUUGGAAAUUGUUCAGUUAGACGCAUCUGCUGUCUACAGUCUCCUCGCCGCGCUUAAUAGGCCCCAGAUAUCAAGUGCUGUCCAAGAGUUGCAGCAGCAAACCAAGAUGAUUGAGGAUAGAAUUACCGAGAUCUUUGGCUCAGAGGACAAUGGAACUCCCAAAGCAGCGUCUGGCCCUCCCCGGCCAGAUCACGCGAGCUUAAGAAUCGUGUACAACGUUCAUCUGACGUUAGCUGGCCUCCAAGUUUUUGCUAAGACGUCCCUCAAGUCGGAGGCCGAGCCAAUGGCCCAAGUGCUGUUCUCUUUAGACAGAGCCCAUUUACACGUGUCCAACCGACACGAAGCACAUGGCCCUGUUCUCAAAUAUCCGGAGAUUCAUCUCAACUUGAGUCAUAUUGGUCUUGACAUUCGUAGAGGUCGCGAGGGCUCUAUGCGAUCUUGUGGAAAUUUGGGUGUUGGUGUGGAGGUGUCCGCUAGCUCGAGUCUGGCUGAGGAUGGAAAAGAAGACUGGGCAUUUAACUUCACGAGUGAUGACUUUGAGUGUAACCUGGCCCCCGAAACCAUCUCGACCGUUGUUGACGUUCUUGGUUACAUGGGAGAGAAGAUCAAAGAUCUCGAUACUUCUCACGAAUUGGAUUACCUGAGAAAACUAAGACAAUCAAAACCCAAGAUCACCAUCAAUGGCGACGAAGAUCCGGAAGAAGUCGACAUCAUCGACUCGGUUCUUGCGUCUGUGCAAUAUCAAUUUGAGCUCAGGAACAUUCGUGUCCGGUGGAGUGUUGCAGACAGCGUUACCGAGGAGUCAAGUUCGAAGGAGGAUCUUGUCUUGUCUGUCAAACUUUUCGAGUUUGGUACAAGAACCAGACGAUCUGCCCGCCUGUCGAUUGAGAAUUUCCAGAUUCAGAUGGUACCACUUGGUGGGGACAUAAAUGUUCGUUCACUUCACUCGGCACUAUUGCCCGUGAUCACAUUUAAUAUUGCAUACAUGUCGACUGCGUCUGCGCGAAGGAUGGCGUUCCAAGCUGUUGGCGAAUCUUUAGACCUCCGAUUGACGUCUGCAUUCAUCGUGCCGGCUGCUCAUUUGGCUGAAUCGAUCACGCUGUCGCUGAACAACAUUGCGCAAGCAUCAACGCAAUGGAACACUGCGGUCACACCUGAGAAGAAGUCAAACGAAGAACCAAAGUCACAGCCUCAGCGAAGCAUCUUUGGAAACAAAAGAUUGGAAAGUCUCCUCAUCGAUGCAGACUUUGCAGGUGCAGUUGUCUACAUCGCUAGCAAGAGAUCAUUGGACACUUCAGCAAAAACCUUUGGACGCCAUUCACUCGCUGGCAAAUAUGGCCAAUUCAACAGUGAUGAUUCGGGAAGUGGAACUGUUCUACGCAGUCCUGGCCUGGCUUGGAAGAUUGAAUAUCGCGACGAUGCUCAAGACGACCCAUCUCUUUAUGGAGAGAUCAAGGUUGAUGCCUCCAGCAACAUUCUGUACCCUUCGGUUGUACCACUGGUUAUGGACAUGUUAUCAAGUGUGAAGCAGGUUGUCAAGGAUGAUGAGGAAAGCGAGCUGUCGAAUGAGAAGGAAAAAUCCAAGCCUCCCCCCAACAAGUCUGUAGAAGGUGAUAAUAUCAUCACUGCGGACCCGAGUGCUUUGUUGGGUCGCCUCAAACUCAACCUUGGCCUGAGGAUUUGCAGACAAGAGUUUUCUUUGAGCUGCCAACCCAUUGCCCGUGUGGCCGCCACAGCAUGCUUUGACAACAUCUACUUUACUGUCAAUACGGUCAGAUCCCUUGAGCAAGGAAACUUCUUCGCGAUUUCAGGAGAUUUUACCAAGCUGCAUGCUUCGGUCCAGCACGUGUAUUCACGCGAGUCAACUGCAAGCUUCGAGCUUGAUUCCAUCACUUUGUCGUUCAUGAACAGCAAGCAUGUGAGCGGCACCAGCGGAGUGUCCGCCAUCAUCAAUGUGAGCCCUAUGGCAGUGUCUAUCAACGCCAAGCAAGCACAAGAUUUCUUGCUGUUCCGUGAGAUCUGGUACCCAAGCGAGCUGCGUUUCGCCACUGCGGUUCCAGUUGCGAAGAUGCCGACUGAAACUUCUCAGAGUGGGCAUCUCGUGCAACGAUAUCAACAAGUCGCAGCAACUGCAGCGUUCCCAUGGACAGCGACCAUCUCAAUUGCCGCUUUGGAUGUUACCAUCGAUCUCGGACAAGCCAUCGGCAAAUCUGCCUUUGCUAUCAAGAAGUUUUGGGUAUCGUCUAAAAAGACUUCGGAUUGGGAGCAAAACCUGUGUCUUGGUUUUGACAAGAUUGGAGUUGACUGUACAGGGCGACUGAGCGGGUUCGUCGCUCUGCAGGAUUUCCGUCUUCGCACCUCUAUCCAGUGGCCGAAGCGAGAGGAGGCUCUCAACGAAACACCCAUGAUUCAAGCGUCGAUAAGUUUUAACGCAUUCCGGGUCAAGGCCGCUUUUGACUACCAGGCCUUCCUGGUUGCCGACAUUACAUCACUCGAAUUUCUCAUGUACAACGUACGUGAAUCUCGUGAUGGUAGUGGAGAUAGAUUGGUCGCCAUAUUUGAUGGCGACUCGGUCCAAAUCUUUGGAACGACAACCUCAGCAGCUCAAGGUAUAGCAUUAUGGCAAGCUUUCCAAAAACUGAUACAAGAAAGGCGAGAGAGCUUCCAAAGUUCAUUGAAGGAGAUUGAGAAGUUCAUGAAGCGGAGGUCAAUGUCAACGUCUCGAAGCAUAGCGCCUCAAACCGACCCGACACCAAAGUUAAAGGAAGAGGACACACUUUCAAAGUCACCAAUUUCACUUGACACAGACGUCGUGGUGACACUCAAGGCACUGAAUUUGGGCGUUUUCCCCAGUACGUUUUCGGACCACCAAGUGUUCAAGGUGGAGGCUCUCAACGCAUAUGCCCGUUUUGCUGCUAGCAUGGAGCAGAGACGCAUCCAUAGUAUACUGAGGAUGACCCUGGGUCAGCUUCGAAUCGGUCUUGCAGGAGUUCGCAACGUAGAAGCGCCCAAGACUUUGAGUGAGAUUUCUGUCGACGAUGUGGUUCAACGCGCAACAGGGUCGAGAGGAGGUACCAUCCUCAAUGUUCCCCAGGUCUCCGCAGUGAUGGAGACAUGGCAGAAGCCGCGAGCAAACGAGAUCAGCUACAUUUUCAAGAGUGCAUUCGAAGGGAAGGUGGAAGUAGGAUGGAAUUUCUCGCGUGUGAGCUACAUUCGUGGCAUGUUUGCCAAUCAUGCGAAGGCACUUGAGCAGGUCUGGGGCAAGGAACUACCGCUUACUGCAGUCAAGAUCAGAGGAGUACCGGGAGCAGGAGAGACCGACGGCGAACAGCAAAAGAUCACGGCUGAAAUCGACGUUCCCGUGUCAAAGUAUGACUAUGUGGCCUUGGAGCCGCCCAUCAUCGAGACACCACAGCUCCGCGAUAUGGGUGAAGCCACGCCGCCACUGGAAUGGAUUGGUCUUCACCGUGAUCGACUGCCGAACUUGACGCAUCAGAUUGUCAUUGUAGCACUGCUGGAGUUGGCCGGCGAGGUGGAAGAUGCAUAUGCCCGCAUCUUGGGUUCGUCGUGA